GCAGCUAGAGCGAAGGCCAUCCGUCGAUGCUAGCGCGGCUAUGGAUGCUAGGCGGCGUGCGCCCUCGCAUGUCUCGUGGAAAACGCCCAACGCGAAUCCGAGCCCGAGUCCCAUCUCUGAUUCGGUAUGGAGCUCGCAGUAUGAGAGCCAUUCAGCAUCGGCACCGUCGUUGCUGUUGCUCAAUCCCGGCUCGGCAGCAAAGACCUCGUCGAUACAUCGGCACAGCUCACAGUCCUUGCGUACCCCGUCUGUCACGGGUUCUGAAGACUGGUCUAGACGGAACAGCCCCGAGAAGAGGGAGAGCGCUGAGCUGCAGCCGGUGAGGCAAGCUCCAGCAUUGGACCCACGCGUGCGAUUCCCUGGCGGGAGACGGCCCUCAACAGAUUCGGUACCUCUCACUCCGGAUUCGACGAGGGUACAUGACGGACACCUGGCUGCGUAUCCCGGAGCCUUCAUUAACCGCCCCCUUAACCGCACAGUUAGUCAAACAUCGACGAGCACAACUGCCUCUGUUCCCACCAUUCCUCCUCUUGACCUUCGCCCCGACUUCCAAAGAACUAUCGGCCCUCCCAUCAGGAAAUCGCGUCUUCCACCACCCACCCUACCGACCGUGGUCGGCAGUGCGCACCCCGGCAAAUACUCAAUUAUAUACGAAGACGGAUCUUCCGCGCGAAGCUCCCGAAGCUUUGUCACCGCCCCUUCCGUGCCUCUACCCAUGACAUAUCCACGCCCGAGCCUGGCAGCAACGCUCACCAUGCGGAAGAACCCCCGGUCCGCGCACGGGAUUAUGCAGUGUCCAAUGCGUCAAGCGUCGAUAUCACGCCAGCGGUGCGGACGAGCGGUUUGCCAGAGGGGCUGUACGACGUGGACCUAGGCGAACCUUCGCACGCAGGGACCAGCAGCCACGCAGCGAGCACCAACGCCAGCCCGCGUCUCACCCAGCCUCUCCUCCCCGCACCCCCCUGCGC